AUGCGAACGUGCAGUAAGUCGACUUCCAUGAUUAUCGGACAGGCCGAAAAAUCAUUCUUUCGAGAUUUAGUUAGGGAAAAUGGAUUGUAUCCUAAAGAUUGUGAAGUUGUGAUAGAUUGGGAAAUUAUGAAUUAUGGUGAUUUUGCCGUAAGAGGACGUAAAUCGGGUACAGUAGUAGAGGUAAGUUUAAAGAUAGACCAUCAAAAAGCCGGUAAUAAUCGAGUCUUCUCUCUAAGAGGAGAUAAGGGUGACUAUACGGUUAGUCAAGUAGUGCUAUCAGAUUCUGGCUUAGUUUUUGAAGUGGUGGCUUAUUGUACGGCCUAUAUGGUAGCUAGAUUAAAAGUACCAGAUAUGGCUGUAGUCUUUCAUGGACUAAGAAGUACGACUGAAUCUAUCUAUCGUACGGAUCCGGUUGAGUCUUCGUGGCGGAUAGGUACUUAUGGGGCAGUUGGCGAGGAGUACUUUAAAUCACCUAUUCAUCAGGAAAGAAGUGCAUCAGAUGCAAUUGUUUCGCUUAUCACUACUCAGUCCAGUCAAAUUGCCCAAAUUGAAGUAGAAGGCCGAAUUACACCCCAAGUUCUCAAAACAAUCAUUCAAAACCAUCUUGCCAAUUAA